CACACACACACACACACAGCUCGAUCUUUGCCACUUUUCUCUUCUUCCUCUCUCACAGAACCCAGAAGCUCGGUCAAAUUUCUCAUUAUGUCUGGAGUUUGGGUUUUCAAGGAGAAUGGUGUGAUGCGCCUGGUGGAUGAUUCGUCUUCAUCCCGGAAGAAGGCGCUGGUGCACUUGCCCAGCGGCCAGGUGGUGAAUUCUUACUCGUCCCUGGAGCGAAUCCUUACCGGGCUAGGCUGGGAGAGGUACUACGGCGGCGACCCCGACCUGUACCAAUUCCACAAGCACUCUUCUAUCGACCUGAUUUCUCUGCCCAGAGACUUCAACAAGUUCAACUCCGUUUACAUGUACGACAUCGUCAUUAAGAACCCCAAUAUCUUCCACGUCAGAGAUAUGUGAUCUAUCACUACUAUAUGGAAUGAGUGAGUCUUGUUUCAAUUUCUGAUUGAUAUAUCAAUUUCUGGUCUGUUUCUGGGAUUAGUUAGUCUCAAUUGGGUAUAUGGUUUUUCUGGGUAUCAUGAGUAUACAUACGUAGGGCCAUAGGUUUCACUCGUUCUCCUCUUUGCAUUGGGUUUCCUUGUUUACUGUAAUAAAAAAAAUGCGUGAUCAAGAUGGUGUGUUGUGUUCGAUCUGAUCUGAUCUGUUCUGUUCAACAGUGUGUAUUGCUCUCUGUAAAAUAUAGCUUUUCAAUCAAUGAAAAAUAAAUGCAUGUUGAUAUUGAUGA